AUGAUUGGUGGAGGAGGAAGUGGUUGUGGCAGAGCAGAUCAUGGUAUUGGAGUAACCGAGGAAAAUGAAGCAAAGUUUGGUUCUGGACAAGGUUAUGAUUUUGGUAAUAAAGCAGAUAAUGUUGUUCCUACAACAUACUCGCUAAACUUGUGG